AUGGUGAGAGAUCUCCUAGUAAAUAAUAAAGAGCUAAGAGAAACAACUGACCAAGCAAUAAAGAAAAGUGAGAUAUGUGAGAAAGAACUCUUCCAUCUGUAGCGUGAAAAUCAAGAUCUCCGUGAUCGUAUAUAACAUCUUAAAAAUGGUGGAUAAUUAGAAGAUUUUAAUUCAACCUUUUCAUAUGGAGGAGGUUUAAAUGAUGAUGAAAAUGCUAACCCAUUUGUGAACUAACCUCUUUCCCCAUCUAUUAAUUGGAAAAAUAUGUCAAAAAAAGAUCUUAUACAAGAAAUCCUUGCUCUCAGAAGAGAUAAAAAGAUACUUGAAAGGAGAAUUUUAGGAAAUGAAAUAGAUCGCUCUACAAUAGCAAGUAACUCCCAAUCUAACUCCAUUACAAAUCCACCAUAAAAUUUGAUUCGUAUAUAAAAUAAAAGAAUAUCUAAUAACAAUUCUCCUGUAAAAUAACAUUAUAGUUCUGUAGGUAGCUCCCAAUAAGCACCUCUUAGUCUUAGCAGAAAAGUAAGCUAAAAUAACAAUAAUAGCAGUGCUAAUAAUAAUAACGGUGGCAAUAAUGGAGCUCAAAAUAAUAGCAGUAACAAUCCAAAUGGAACUCCGUUUUAAGGAGAUUCAUUACCAACCAAUUUCGGAAGAUAUACAUUUUAUUAAAACAUUUCGAAUAAUAACAGUAAUUUUAACAAUAAUAACUCAAAUAAUAACAGCAUUAAUUUCUUUUCAGAUGAUAAUUAAACAGCUCAUAGAUAAAAUCCUAAUCAUAGCUUUUCAGCUAAUAUUUCCCCAUAAAAUUUAAUGUAAUCAUUUAGGCACACAAAUUUAUUGCCAAGACCUUUAAUGUCUAAUGUAUCACCAAACAAGAGAUAAAACCCUUAAUUCUAGUCAAGUUAAAUAGAUGAUUUCAGCAAUCAAAGAUAGAAUUAUAAUAUCAAUACAAAUCACUUAACAAAUCGCUCAAAUAGUAUAAAAUAAAAUUAACAAUUUGUCCCAAUAGUUAACCAAUAAUAACACCACUCUUACUCUCAAUCUAGAUCUUACAACCCUAAUAAUGCAUCAUUUUAGCAUUGA